UUCUUCUCUGAGAGCGCUCAGUAUGCCUACUGUUAUUGUUUACAGAUGAGGAGGAGUUUAUGGAAACAGUCUCCAUGAUUCAACUUCCUCCAGUUGAUAAUGGGCGUUGCCUUCACAACUUUUCUGAAAGGUGUGGCGAUUUUAGGCUCACUGUGAAAUUCCUCCUUUGACAUCAAACCUGUGUUCUCUCUCUGAGUUUGAGGCUGCCUCUGAACCAUCAAAAUGAGUGUUUGGGAUGACCUGGAUCUGCUCUUAGACACCCCCUCCUCUCUGACUGUCGCAUCCAGUGCUAGAGGGACUGUGAAAGACAGCGUGAAUUUCAAAGUGGCAGAAGAUGUUGCUGCCAUACGGAAGGCCAUAGAGGGCGUGGGUACAACAGAAAAGACGCUUAUUGAGGUGUUGACCCAGAGAAGUAACGCUCAGCGGCAGCUUAUCGCAAACGCCUAUCAUAAAGCUACAGGGAGGACACUAGUAGCUGACCUGGAGGGUGACACUCAUGGAGACUUUGAAGACUUGCUGGUUGCAUUGGUAACACCCCCUGAUGUCUACGACUGUCAUGAAGUCACCGGGGCCAUCAAGGGUGCCGGGACCACGGAGUGCACGCUGACUGAAAUCUUUGCCUCCAGAUCGAACAGACAGAUCCAGGCCAUGUCUGAAGCAUACCUUGCUGAAACUGGGAAAUCCAUGAUUCAUGAUCUGAAGUCAGAGGUGUCUGGAGAUUAUGGCAAAGCACUGCUCAUCUUGGCUGAGGGCAAACGAGACGAGAGCACCAGUGUGGAUCCUGCCAAAGCUAAAGCAGAUGCUAAGGCCCUGUAUGAAGCAGGGGAGAAGAAGUGGGGGACUGAUGAGGAAAAGUUUGUUGACAUCUUGUGCCACAGGAGUAUUCCCCAGCUUCGACAGACUCUGGUGGAGUACAAGAGCAUAAGUAAGAAGACUCUGCAGGAGAGCAUAGAGAGUGAGAUGUCUGGAAGCCUGGAGAAGAUACUUGUGGCUGUUGUCAAAUGUGCGAAGAGCGUUCCUGUGUACCUCGCUGAGAGGCUUUUCAAGAGCAUGAAGGGUGCAGGGACCACAGAGUCCACUCUGAUUAGGAUAAUAGUCAGCCGCUCAGAGCUUGAUCUGCUGGACAUCAGAGCUGAGUACAAGAAGCUGUUUGGGUGUUCCCUGUACACCCAGUUAGAGUCUGAAGUUUCUGGCAGUUUUGGCGACGCCCUCAAGCGUGUAGUUGGCCAAGACGACUAACCCCCCCCCCCCCACUCCUGUGAUGAGAAACAUGUGGUGUGAAGUUCUUCUCUAUAGCAGAUCAGAAAAACUGCAUCCAAAAAUGAGGCUGACCAGAGUCUGACCUUUACAACAGCGUGAUCUAUUUGCUAGAACUCAGCUGGAACUAACCACCUUGAAAUGCUUCUUAAGAAGGAAUUCCAGCACUUGUCAUUCAUGGGUACGAAGAAGAAGUGGUUGAAUGUCUUAUUGAAUAUAUCAAAUUGUAUUCGUUGUGACUUGUACUUAACAUUUUUUUUUUUUCUUUUGAAGCGUUGCAUUGUAACGGAUCAUACACACUAAGUGUCAGAUUUUCCAUGCAUGUUAAUGUGAGUGAUAAAAGCAAUACAAGAGGACACUUCAAAUAAUAAAAAAAAAACUAGUUUUAUUUGAGGGUUUUGUUUAUGUUGCUGUAACCAACUCCUACACAAGUCAUCAGGACCUUCUCUCCACCUUUACUUUCGUCUUCUGAAGGCUUCUGAACCUCGAUCUUGAACAUGAUCUGGAAGAAAUCUCUAAUGUGCCGGAGGAACUCGAUCCUGGUGUGAGGAAAAAAGGGAUGGAUGGAGGAGGGGUACAGAGAGAAAAGGGUGUUAAUAGGAAAACAAAUGCUUAGUUUAGAGUCACAAUAUUAUAAAAGAAGAUGCAAUCACCUUGUGUUAAAUAAAACAUGUUGAAAAUAA